AGUAUAAAUACAAAUAGAGCAAAUGUCUUAAACAGGAUUUAUUUUCGUGAAUGGGCAAUGCAAGGUCUGAUUAGGAGACAAUGCCUUCACAGGCUAUCAAACCAACAUCUUUGGGGAUGACGGGAAUGCGGAACAAUGACACCUGGACUGAUGGACUCCCAAUCUGCAAAUUGUCAGGUGUGGGGAUGUCAGCCAACCAGAUGUACCGAGAAGAUGGAACACCAUGCUCGGAACAUGAAUAUGAGGACCGCAGCAUUCACUUUUGUCUUGACCGUGAAAAUCACACUUACCUCUAUGGGGUCUUUGAUGGCCAUGAUGGAGCCAAGGCAGCGUACUUUGCAACCCAGAGGAUGCCUGCAGAAUUAAGUUUUGAGCAGUUGACAGGAAAAACAACAGAAGAAGAGGUGAAAGAAGUCUUUAGAGAAGCUUUCCUCUCGGUUGAAAAUGCUUUCUUGGAAUCCAUUGAUCCGAGAAUUGCAGAACGUACCCAGCUGUUGGACAAAAUCCCUGAUGGAAUGUCACAGUUUGAAGCUGCUCAGAAAUUCCCAGAAACAUUUAGUCGACUUCAGGCAUUGGACCAGGAGAUAAGAGGAGGGACAACAGCUGUUGUAGCACUGAUACAUGCAAAAACAUUGUAUGUUGGCAAUGUUGGUGAUUCAAGGGCUCUUCUUUGUAAGAAAGAUAGGUCUGGUGUAUUAAAAGUGAAGCAACUUACUGCCGACCACACUACUAGUAGUCAUGAUGAAUUGCAGCGUUUGGAAUCACUCAAUUUGACAGCUAGCAAAAUUCGAGGAGCCAAGCUUGGAAACCAUGAGUUAACAAGAUGUAUUGGAAACUACUUCAUGAAGGGGGGUUAUACAGAAUUUGAUAUCCUAAGUUCAGCAACAGCAGAGCCUGUCAUUGCUGAACCAUACAUCACAUUCAUGCCUAUUGAUGAGUCCUGCAGUUUCCUCUUGCUGAUGAGUGAUGGCCUUUACAAUUCUUACAAAGAGGCUACAGGAUCUGAGCAAGUCAACAAGGAAAUUGCACAGAUGGUUGUUGAACAGUUUGUAGAGCAGCCAACUCUAACAAGCAUUGCUCAGACUGUGGUUGACAAAGUAGUCCGUCUGCACCAUGAUAAUUAUCUCACCAAGCAGAGAAAUAUAACAACGCGAGAUGACUUUACCCUAAUCAUCCGUAACUUCAACUUCCCUCUGCGCAGUGCUCUUACCCCUUCUGCUGUGUCUGGGGGCAGCUCUCCACGUCCUCCUAUCCAUCACAGACCGCAUCUGAGGACAGCAGUGAGAACUCCAGAUUUGUCAUCAUCAUCAAGCAGUGAGGACAUAACACUCUGUAAGGAGCCGGACUCACUACCAAGUCUCCCUCAUGAGCGUCUGCUGCCAGGGCUAAGGGGCCACAAAGUAGACAUGUCAGAAGGUGUCAGUAACUCUGUGGAUGACAACUUUCUUGUCCAUCACACCGACACCAACACGACCUCAACUGAAUCAUCAGAUCUCCAGAAUCCGAGUCUUACUCAGUUUUCCUUGGAUGAAGAUGGGAGGAUUCAUCCCUAUAGUUUUGAUCAGUUACCAAGCUAUUAA